CAACCAGUCAUGCUCCUCCCAGCGAUGCGCCUCGGACUAAUCCUAGCACAAUCCGUGGCGUUUGUGCUACUAUAACACCAGCGCCGUGGCAUUCCUCGUCCUUGGCUCCUCCGCCGUCAAGCCUUGCGCCAACCACGUGCGUCGUCAUGGCACAACCAUACCACCGCCGCCGCCGCCGGCGGGGAUGUCCUUUUCAUCAUCUUCCACCCUCCAGCAUCCUUAUCGCAAGUCCUGGGAAGGCCUGCAAAGGCAGAUUGCGGCGGGCGUUGUAGCAUACCAAGAUGCGCGCAGCUGUUAUCGCGGCCAGCCUGGCGGCGGGCGCUUGGGCGCAAGAUGUGACACCACUCACUACGGCUUCUAGCACAUCGGCAACAGGAUCGCCUUCGCCCACAGGAACUUCGAUUGUGUCUCUCUUCCUUCCUAUGGGCAGCCCGGACCAGAUUGAAGCGUCUAUCAUCUCAGCUUCUCCGAAUCAUACAGCCUUUGCGCUCGGCUGCGGGAACAAUGUGUCGACCUCGGAUUGUGGGUGGGAUCCGCCCAUCACAGUCACCGAAGGCGAGAGUACCAUCAUCUGGACCAACACGCACAAAGGACAAGAAGAUGUGAGCGCGACCAUCCCUUUCAUGACUCUGGAAUGCGCUCUGGUGGGAGCGCAUACCACCGAAAGUCCCAUCAACGGUGCCAGCUCAGCUGUUUGCACGGCCAGGUCCACCAUCAACAACCUCGGCGUGGUCGCCAGCACAACUGUGCUCGCUAGUACCGAGAUCAGCUAUAUGCCUGUGACCAUCACCGCCGGUAUGGAGAAGAUUGCCGCUGCUUCGGAAUACGCCGCGACGGCUGUGUAUGAGAGCGAGACGAGCUCUGCCGGAGCGCCUGCCAUGACCGGAAUGGCCGCCUUGGGCUUGAGUGGAGUUGCUGGACUUGGUGUCGCUGUUCUUGGUGUUCUUUGACCUUGUUCUGCCCAGUAUAUGGAGAGACGAGCUGCUGAAAUGAUCAGCCCAGGCAUAUCGUCUUUGCAGUGACAGCAACAACAUACCCUGCAUCAGGCGACCAAGGCUUCCUUGAGGAGUACUUUGGAGGAUUCUACUCCAACAGCAUUCAGUCGGCUCCUGUAUAGCUGUUUGGAGGAUCUCUCGGCUGGGGAGCACGACUGGAGUUGAUGAAAGACAUGAUUGCGGAAACGUUCUUGCUGGCCUCGGAUCUGGAGCUGGAUUACUUGCUUGAUGCACAGGUACGGCACGACCAGCAUGGCGAACCUUCUGCUUCAUAUACUGGAUCCUCUUUCUUCUGGACCGACAUCAUCGGCUGACUGUCACGUCCGAAUGGUGGUGCCGUUCCAAGCUUCGCCUACAAAGCAGUGCCUACCAACAAGAACCAACAUGCUUCAGAACUUGCGGACGCGAAAACCGAUACGAACUAGCACAAUGCUGCAGAUUGCUCAGACACCAAUUUUGGGACUUUCAAAACUCCGCAUCAUCAGUUUGGUGUCUGGGGCGUAGGCUUCGCCCAGUUGCAUAUCCAAAAGCGGUUAGACCCGUCCCAAAAUAGCAGAAGGAUGCAGGAACAACAAGAACACAAGCACUACUCGCAUGUGCAGUGUAGUUGAAUCCAACACCGGCGCAGGUCGCUAUAGAGGCCACUGAUGAGAUCACCGUGUGCGGGUCUGGAGGCAGCAGCGAC